UUGUUGCUAUUCUCUGCAAAUCAAGAAAAAAGGGAAAAGAGUAUGUCGACCUGCGGAAACUGAAACACAUGAAAAUUGAACCGUUAUACAAAUAAAUGACACACCAUUACUACUAGCCACAUUAAUUAAUCAAUGAGAAAUGUCCCAAUACUUUCAGAGUCUGAUCCCCAGGAACAACCCAAUCCUACUUCCAUAUACAAACAACCACAAUCCAAAGCCAUUCAACACAAUCCAAACUUUUCAAUCUCACUCUCUCUCCUUUUCUCUCUUCCUACCCAAACUUCCCAACAAUGCUAGAACCCGACUCCACUCACUUCAUCAUCAUCAUCAUCCACACAGGUCUUUCCACAGUCGUCGUCCCAAAACAACCCACUUCAUUCUCGAAACACUCAUUCUAUGUAUAUUCUCUCUCACCCUUCUCUCUCUUCGUCUCGCCUCCACUGUGUUGUUGCCCGAUUUUCCUCGCCGGUGGCAUCAACUCAUAGCGUUUUCCGAAGACGCCGAAUCCAAGUUUAUUAGCCAUUAUUACCCUUCGCAUUUAUGGCAAGCUCUUGUUGCCUACGAAGACCGCCGCUUCUUUCAGCAUUUUGGGAUCGACCCAGUCGGCAUUGCUCGGGCUGUGUUCUCUUUUUCUGCUCGUGGAGGCGGUAGCACUAUAACCCAACAGCUUGUCAAGAACACAUUCAUGAAAAAUGAGCGCACAUUCUUGAGGAAAAUUGUUGAGAUAGUGCUGGCUCUAGCAUUAGAGAGGACACUAUCAAAAUUGAAAAUCUUGGGCUCUUAUUUGAGCAAGAUAUAUUGGGGACAUGGUAUUUAUGGGGUUGAAAUGGCAUCCAAAUUUUAUUUUGGGAAGCAUCCAACCCUUCUCUGUUUGGGGGAAUGUGCAAUGCUUGUUGGGAUCAUACCAGCACCAGAGCUUCGAUCGCCACUCAGGGACACUAGCAGAGGGAAGACCUUCCAAGCUAGAGUACUUAAGCGGAUGGUGGAAGUUGGCUUUCUCGAUAUGGAGACAGCACUUUUGGUUGUGAAGCAAAAUCUUCAUUUACGUGUUGAUAGGCCUCAUCAUGGAAGUGGAUUGUUGCUUCCUUCAUCUUCCUCAGGGAAGGAAAAGGAAGAUAAGCACUCAACACUCAGUGAAAUAUGGGACUGGCAAAUACAAAGCAAGAUAUGGGAAGUACAGGAGGACAUGGGAAGAUGGGCAGUAAGAAUCCAGGAAAAAAACAAAAAAGAAGAACAAUUUGGCAGUUAAUGUCUGGUUUAAACUGUGAAGGAAAUGAAGAGUCCCAAAACCAUUAAUGAAGAAGAAGAAGAAAACGACUACUCGUUUUUAAGAUAUAAACUUUUGUAAACUUGAAGUUGAGAUGUGAUUGGGAACUCCUUUUCUAAAUUUUAUUUUUUUAAAGUUUGUAUUAUUGUACUAAAUGCUGCUACCUUAUGCUCUUGCUACUCCCUACUCCCUCCUCUGGCACCUUGACUUCUUUGACUAGGCUAUAAAGACAAAGGGGAGUCAAAAAGGUAAAAGAACUCCCUCUCGGACGUAUGCCCUUUAGUCAUUCAUUGGAGCAGAACCAGUUAACCAAAGUCACGAUCAGAAUAAUAACGGUAGUUCGCUGGGUAACUCCCAGAGGUGCUGGUUCAAAUCUAGUUCGUGACAUGGUCUAUCAAACUCUCUUAUCUAUAAGAAAAUUUGAUAGGAGAAAGACUCUGCUUGCUUCCCCAGUUCACUACCACCCCUCAAGCCAAUCACAGCUUUUCUUUUCCCUGGCUGGGGACAUUCCACCAUGGAGGUUUUCCCCCCUUUCUCUCUAUAGUGCCUCUGUGCUUGACUUCUCUCCCCAUCACCUGAGCCUCUGGGUACUCUUGGCUAUGAUGUCGCAUAGAAUCUUGUUGAAGGCCUUGGCUAGGCCAUUAGACUGUGGGUUCCAGGAAGUGGAGUACUCCCACUUGAUCUUAAACUUCUAGACAAGUCUGUAGAUGCUCUGGUUCCUGAAGUUUGGUCCAUUAUCCGACUUAAUCCUCGCCGGGAUUCCGAACUGGUGUAUGAUAUUGUUACAGAAGAAUUGAGCAGUGGUUUCUCCCGUGACUUCUUGCAAAGGGAUCGCCUCCGCCCACUUGGAGAAGUAGUUAGUGGCAGCCAAGAUGUAUUGAUAGUCGUUGGCUGUUGUUUCAAAUGGUCCGACGAUGUCUAUACCCCAUUCUGCGAGCGGAAUGUCACAAUAUAAAUGUUUUGUAAUCUUCUCUAGCUCACUGAACCGAGAUAUGUCUUUUGUAAUUUUGUAAACAAAAUCUGCAGUUCAAUAAGAAAGAUGAACAUUUUGUA